AUGAGAGAUGAGAACAUCAAGAAGAGCAAGGUUUUCUGCUCUACCUCCUCUGCCGUGGAAUUGGAUUCUUCCCCUGGAAUUGCUGAUUAUUAAUCUCCUUCGUGCUGUUUUCUUUGUUGUUGCUCUUCCCCCCUUUUGUUCGAGAAGCUGUCGUGGUCGAAGAGCCUGGUCAGGAAAUGGUUCAACAUCAAGAGCAAGCCCCAGGACUUCCAUGCCGAUCGAGAUGUUUUCGGCAGAGGUAUCCCUCUCCCUCCCUCCCUCCCUCUCUCUCUCUCUCUCUCUCUCUCUCUCUCUCUCUCUCUCUCUAGGGUUUUAGGGUGGGGUGGGGGAGGAGAAACGAACCCAUUGGUUCUCUUGCCCCGAAGAUCAGAGCUCGUCCCCUGGAGCUGCUUGUUCAUCGUCUUCAAGAGGCUGGCUACCUUGUUAUCAGAGCAGGGCUUCACUCAAGUUUCCAUUUUUGCUAGAAUUCGUGAUCGCGCUCCCCCGCCUUUUCCUCACCCAUCUGUGUUUCUCUCUCCCUCUCGUCUUUUCAGGUGAGGACGGGAAAUGGAGGUCCAGCUUCUCGGAGAGAGAGGGAGUCAAGAAAAGCAGAACAGGUGGGGUCUCUGAAACCAGGCCUGUUCUUCCUGCUCCGGACCACUCCCACUCCACCCCGUCGCAGCUUUCUCUCUCUAAAGCCCCCCCCCCUCCCUCUGGUUUUGAAUUUUCCGACCCGUCUCUCAUCCCCUGCUCCAUUUUCCUCUGGAUCUCCAGAGAGAUCGUCCAGGAGGAGCUCCGAUCGAGGCCGGCGAGGCAAGUUCGAGAUCGAUCCCGGCCAUGCCACCGAUCUCCAGGAGUACAGGUGAUUGAUUUGAUCCUCCUCGAAUCCCAUAAAAACCUGUUCUUUCCCUGAAAUCUUUCGUCGCGCGUAGGAUCUUCGUUGCAACGUGGAAUGUGGGCGGUAAGUCGCCGCCGGGCCACCUGAAUCUCGACGACUGGCUCCACACGUCGCCGCCGGCUGACAUCUACGUUCUUGGGUACACCUCCGGCGAUACACAUCGCCACCGGUUUCUCUCUCUCUCUCUCGCUAGGACUCAUCGCCGGAGGCUUCCUUCAGGUUCCAGGAGAUCGUUCCCCUCAACGCCGGCAACGUUCUGGGGACGGAGGACAACGGCCCGGCCAGGAAGUGGGUCUCGCUCCUCAGGAGGACCCUGAACAACCUGCCGGCGACCGGCGGCGGCGCCGCCAGCUACUACACGCCGUCGCCGGUGCCGGACCCGAUCGUGGAGCUGGACGCCGACUUCGAGGGGUCAGCUUCUCGCCGGCGAGCGUCCUCGAUGUUCCACCGGCGGUCCUUCCAGUCCCUGAGCCGGAGCAUGAGGAUGGACGGCGACACCAUGGCGGCGCAGCCGCGGCUCGACCGGAGGUUCAGCGUCUGCGACCGGGUGAUGUUUGGCAGCCGGCCGAGCGACUACGAUCCCAGUGGCCGUUGGGGCGGCGGUUCCUCCGACGACGAGAACGCCGGCGGCGGCGGCGCUGCCGCCGGCGACUCCCCCGGGAACCUCUUCUUCUCCCCGAUGUCCUACGGCUGCGGCAAUUAUUUCAUGGCGGCGGCGGCGGAGGAGAGGGAGCGGCCACCGGGGCAGCCCCGGUACUGCCUGGUUGCCAGCAAGCAGAUGGUGGGCAUCUUCCUCACCGUCUGGGUCCGCCGGGAGCUCAAAGACGACGUCAAGAACAUGAAGGUCUCCUGCGUCGGCCGCGGUCUCAUGGGCUACCUCGGGAACAAGGUACCCUUAUUUCUCUCUUUCUCUCUCUUCUGCAACUCUCUCUUUCUCUCUCUGGAUUCUUGACGACGAGAGUGCUGUCCUCAGGGUUCUAUCUCCAUCAGCAUGUCGCUGCAUCGGACGAGUUUCUGCUUCGUCUGCACCCACCUCACCUCCGGGCAGAAGGAGGGCGACGAGCUGCGCAGAAACUCCGACGUCAUGGAGAUCCUGAGGAAGACCCGGUUCCCUCGGGUCAACGGCCUCGAACACACUAGGUCCCCUGAGACGAUCCUCGACCACGAGUAAGCCGAUCUCCAAUCCCCCCGCCAUUAAUGGCCGCAUCAGCUCUAUCCCCAACUCACUCACUGGUUCGUCUUCCUCCUGCCUGGUCCGCAGUCGCAUUAUAUGGCUCGGAGAUCUGAACUACCGCAUCGCCCUCUCCUAUCGCACCGCGAAGGCGCUCGUGGAGAUGCGCAACUGGAAGGUGCUGCUGGAGAACGACCAGGUGGGUCAUCUGUGACCUGCUGAGCCCUGGAUGGCGCUCGUUUUUUUUCUCUUCUGCUACUGCUGAGUGACCUGCUGCUGCAACUGGUGCAGCUCCGGAUAGAGCAGCGAUCGGGCCGCGUCUUCGUGGGCUGGAACGAAGGGAGGAUCUACUUCCCCCCCACAUACAAAUACUCCACCAACUCCGACCGAUACGCCGGCGACGACCUCCAUCCAAAGGAGAAGCGGCGGACCCCCGCCUGGUGAGCCGUCAUUACACAUAAAAACCUCUCCUUUCUGCCCCUUCUCCACCAAACCUAGUUCCUGAAUCCUCUCUCUCUCUCUCUCUCUUUCUUUCUCUCAUUCUCUCCCUUCUGUGUGAUGAAGGUGCGAUCGGAUUCUGUGGUAUGGGCGGGGGCUGAGCCAGAUAUCGUACGUCCGGGGAGAAUCGAGGUUCUCGGAUCACCGGCCGGUGUACAGCCUCUUCGCCGCGGAGGUGGAGACGAUCAGCCACAGCCGAACGAGGAAGAACACCGGUAGCGGGAGCUCCAGGGUGGAGGUGGAGGAGCUCCUGCCCUACUCUCGCGGCUUCACCGAGCUGAGUUUCUUCUGA